AUGGGCAACUCUGCCUCGGCCGCUGCGAGGGGAACUCUGGGAGUCAGCAUAUUGGCUGAGCUGGGCGAGAAUGAGGUCCAAUACGAGAAGAGCAUGGGCUCAUCCCGUUUCCUCAAGGCAGUCAGAGCUCGUCAUACAGAAGGCCGCAUAGUCGUCAAGACCUUCGUCAAGCCGGAUGGCUCUCUCCCUUUGCGCCAUCUCUUUCGCAGGCUGAAGAAGGAGCGGGAAACCCUCGCAACUGUGCCCAACGUUCUGACAUACCAACAGACACGAGAGACAGACAGAGCCGGGUAUUUGAUCCGCCAAUGGGUUUCGAGCAAUCUCUACGAUCGCAUCAGUACUCGGCCCUUCUUGACGGUGGUGGAGAAGAAGUGGAUCACCUAUCAGCUGAUCUCUGCUAUGAGAGCAUCGCGAGAGAAGGAUAUUCCUCACGGCGAUCUCAAGACGGAAAAUGUCCUCGUCACGUCGUCCCUGUCUGUCUUCGUCACGGAUUUCGCCGCCUCCUUCAAGCCAACCUAUCUACCUCUCGAUGACCCCGCCGAUUUCUCCUUCUUCUUCGAUGCAUCGGGGCGGAGAACUUGCUACGUUGCUCCAGAGCGCUUCUACUCUGCCGGCUCGGACAUUGCGAGACAGAAAGCUAGCCUUCGUUCUGGCGCCUCGUCCUCCACAGCACCUGCCUCCAGCAGUGCCGGCAAUACCUCGAUCACUAGCUCGGGAGACCCCUACAGCGAGAUCCUCGGCUUGGGCAAGAGGGAUGGUAAGGUGACAGAAGCCAUGGACGUCUUUUCACUAGGCUGUGUCAUAUCAGAGUUGUGGAGAGACGGCGUCCCUCUGUUCACCCUGAGUCAACUUUUCAAAUACCGUGAAGGACGCUACGAUCUCGAGACACCUCUGGCCGAGAUUCACGAUGUGCCCCUAAGAUCGAUGAUUCGAGGUAUGCUCUCCAUAGACCCUGCCCAGAGGCCUACUUUCACUCAAUGUCUUGAGGAGCAGAAAGACCUCUUCCCUCGGGUCUUUGGAUCGUUCCUUCAUCCGUACCUUGUUGAUCUACAGCGGUAUACCCCGAAAGCCACCUCAGCCCUUCGUGAACAGCACAAGGAGAUCGCAAGCUCCGGCGCUUCUCAUCUAUCAAGUACGGAGUCCGACCGCCAUUUAUCUAAUACAGAGGAUCCAGUACGAGAAACACAACGACAGGCUGACCUGCGGUUGGAACACCUAUACGAGGAAUGGUCAGUAGUAGUGCGUCACUUGGACGCGGAUUACAGCGACGGCGACAUCGAUGCGAUGAUUGAAGGGGACGAUCUGGAAAGCGGAGAUCCUCUGGUACAGGGCUCAGUACAAGCUGCUGAGCAGGCAAUACCGAUCCAGUUGAACAUUCCUCGCCUCGGCAGCUCAUUACUGAGUCACCACCGCCGCCACAACAACACCGAUGGAACCGGUCUGAUCGUGCUGUCUGUCAUUCUGAGCAACUUGCGGAACGCCCUGAGAGCAUCAUCGAAGGAGCAUGCUCUCGAGGUACUACUCCACCUGUCUGCGAGAUGGCUGACGGACGAGGCAAAGCUCGACCGGGUGCUGCCAUACCUUGUGGCUCUGGUCGACGAUCCCAGCGCCGCAGUCAGAGCUGCUGCCGUGCGCUCCACAGUACAGCUUCUUCUGCUCGUCAAUACUAUCACACCCGCCAAUGAAAGUGUCUGCGUAGAAUACAUCUUUCCCAACUUGCGCCGGGUAGCUAGCGAUACAUCCGCAACGGUCCGAAGGGCCUACGCAGCAUGUUUUCCCGCCCUCGCAGCAUGCGCACAGCGCUUCCUUCAGCAGACGCAGGCACUUCGAGCGUCCGGAGCCUUCGUAGCGGAUCAAGAGACCUUCGAAGACUUUGACCAACAAUCUGAAGAGGCCAGCUACGAUGCCCAACUGCAAGAUAUACGCGACUUUGCACAGGAGCAAGUCACUGUAUUGCUGACGGAUUCAGAUCCAGCGGUCAAGAGGUCGCUUUUGAGUGGCAUCGCGCCGAUGUGUACUCUCCUGGGUAAUGUCACUACCAACGAUGUCUUGCUGAGCCAUAUGAUCACUUAUCUCAACGACCGCGAUUGGCAGCUUCGAGACGCCUUCUUUGAAGCAAUACCGCAUCUCGCUGUCGUGGCUGGAUCUAGGAGCGUGGAAGAAUACAUCGUCCCCCUCAUGGUUCAGGCUCUAUCAGAUCCCGAAGAUUUCGUCGUCGUCAGGGUUUUGGCCGGCCUUGGCCAAGUCGUGACAGCAAAUGCGUCUCUGCUGCUCUCCAAAUUCCAGAUCUUCGAGCUCGUUGGCGCCACCGCUGGCUUUCUCUGUCACUCAAACUUGUGGAUCCGGCAAGCCGCUGCACGCUUUCUGGUGGAUGCGACGGCGCAUCUCGAUGCGACUGACGUAUGGGCUAUUGUGUACCCAUCCAUCAGACCGCUUCUCACGUAUGAACUCGAGAAUCUGUCAGCUUUGAGUAUCAUCGAGUCUGCCAAAGCUCCACUGUCUCGCAACAUCUUGCAAGCUGCUCUGAGUUGGGCCGCAACAGCAAGCAAAACGGCGUUCUGGAAAGGCGACGAUGUGACUUUGCUCAGCAGCAAGGCUGGCGUGGGCAACGCCAUUGCCCUUGAGGGUUUGAGACUCAUGGUCACCUCCCCCGACUCGGAUGGCCAGGAACUCGUCAAGCGGCCGCUGCCUCGCAGCGAUGAAGAUGACGGUUUCAUGGACAAGCUGCGUGCGCUGGGCUUUGGACCCGACGACGAAGUCAAGUUGCUUGGACUUCGAGAGUACAUCUGGAAGGUCUCCAAGCAUGUUGCUAGGCAACGACCAUAUGCGACGGACGACCCGUCUCUACCUCCAACCAGGCAGCAUACCGAGGUACAGAGGCUGAAAGAGGUCACUCCGCAGACUAUCUUCUUCUCAUUCAACAAAUCAGGUGCGCCAUCUGCUGGAGACCAGGCCAAUGUUGAGCAGCUUGGCUCAGCCCGCUCCCCAACUAUCCGCUCCGACUUUUCGGGCCAGGUUGCUAGGCGACGCAUAAGCGAAGCUCGUGUCUUCAGCGCAGGCUCCAUUGAUUUUGCUGCAGGUGAUGCUAGCCGGCGAGCAAGCAUGACAUCAACUGCAGGAAGACUCGAUGCCCUCGGGGGAGGUCGCCGGCCCUCACGCUCCGCCUCUAGCGCUGGACCCGACAGCACUGCCAUCUCUCUGGCUAGCCAGCGGUCAAUUUCGGGACAAGCACGCUUGGGAGUCAUCAAAGCGGCACCGGCUUCUGUAGCAGAGUCUUCUGCGAAUGCGACAGGCACUAUGUCAGACCUAGCAGCGAAGCUCCGCUCGAUCAGCAUGACCAGUACACUGGCUUCGGAGGCGCCAACACCAGCAGGCUCAGUCACGCCUACAGUGCGGGGCGGACCAGGUGCUGGGCUUGGCGGAAUUGAAGAGAGUGAUGGUCCCCUCUUCCGUUCGACAUAUGAAGGUUCGGACCCAUACAUCCUGGCCCAUCUGGAAGUGGUCUUCCUGAAGAACUUCAGGGACCGCUCUGGCGAGCUAGGUCCAAGGGUCGGGUCGAGCCCUGCAUCUCGAAAGAGGAGUAGUAAGGCAGCUCCGUCUGGUGUGACGCCUGCUGGAACGGCUCGUGAAGCUUCAACGUCGAACACGAACGGAGGCAGUCGCCGACCCGAAGGCAAGCUGGUUGCGUACUUCAAUGAGCACACCGGGCCAAUCACCACUAUCGCUGUAUCACCAGAUCACGCUUUCUUCGCUUCCGGGUCUGAGGACGGUACCGUCAAGAUUUGGGACACAGCUCGACUGGAGAAGAACGUCACGUCUCGCUCGCGGAGCACCUAUUCAGCUCACUCGGGGCAGAUUACCUCUUUGAUUGCCCUCGAGUCGACGCAUUGCUUUGUUAGCACAGCUACCGACGGAAGCUUGCAUGUGUGGCGAGUAGACCUGAGCUCAGCUAGCCUUCCGAGAUAUGGCAAGCCUCGCUUGAUAAGCAAUUUCCAGCUGAGCACACCCGGAGAGUACGUCGUGUCUCUUCUGCAAAGCUCUUCCGAUUCGCCUUCGGCUAAGCUGAUCUUAGGUACAUCCCAUUCCCGUAUCACCAUCUUGGAUCUGAGGACCAUGCAAGUCCUUCAAGCCUUGAAGAAUCCUUCUCACUUCGGACCCAUCACUUGCAUGUGUCGAGACAAGCAGGGCAUCUGGCUGCUUGCUGGUACCCUAGGAGGAUCAAUGGUACUCUGGGACCUCCGCUUUGGGCUCCUCGUCAAGAGCUGGCGUCUGGGAAGCAGCGAACACCCGUGCGGGCCGACUCUGGUCAAGGUGACAGACUGCCGUCUGCAUCCUAGCAAGGGCAGGGGCCGGUGGGUGAUGAUCAGCUACGAGGAGCAAUCUCUGGCCAAGACCACAAUACAAACGCUGAUUGAGACGUGGGACAUUGACCGAGGUGUCAUGGUGGAGUCGUACGAGUUUGCCACUGGAGCAAGCGCUUCAAAGAACAUCAGGUCUGCCUCUCGGGAGACAGUCACAGCUCAGAUGGAGGGUCUGUCCAGUGCUACAGCCGCAAUAGAGCAGCUAGUACGCGGGCGAGAGGCGAGAGAGGCUGAGGCGGCUGAGGAAAACUACACUUCCACUACAGACACUGCAGCAAGCAUCAGGCAGGACUGUCACGUCAAAUGCUUUCUAGCCAGCACUGAGGGGUACACUUCGGGCCAAUUGGGCGGAGGCAGUAGUCAAGUGUCAGGAGGAUGGCUCGAUGCCGGCAAGUUGGCAGCGGAUGUGGAAAGGCCGGGGCAAAGCACUGCAGCGGGCGAUGGGCAUGGCCCUGCUGGCUACGUGGUCAGUGCCGGAGAGGAUUGCAAGAUUCGUUUCUGGGAUUUGGGAAAGCCAGAGAGGAGCGUAUGCGUGAGCCUGGCCGAGACUGGCAAAGGCGAAUUCAAGACCCUGUCGACCGAAGGCAGCGAGCCUCUCCGCCUUGUCCACCAUCAGUCAACGGCUACGACGACUCCUCUAGCAGGCCGAGAUGCCGCGCCUAUCCGAUCCCCGCUCCUCUCUCCUCACCAGAAUCAGCAGGCACAAGCCUACAUGCGAGCUCAUCGCGAUGCCAUCACCGCUCUGGCCAUCAUUGAGUCGCCCUUCCGAUGCAUCGUUGCAGGCGAUCGGACAGGUGCUGUCAAGGUAUGGGAGUGA